AUGGAUAAUUGGAGCCAUUUUUUAAUUCUUCUGUGUUUCACCACCUUGCACUCUACUGAUGCCCAAAACCCUGCCUGCAGAGAAGCUUCUGUUGCAGAUCUUGUGUUCUUGGUGGAUGGUUCCUCAAGUAUAGGAAAGGCGAACUUCAAAAGCAUACAAGACUUCCUGUAUACCCUGGUGGACAGUUUUGACAUUGAAGAGGAUAAAGUCCGGAUUGGACUGAUUCAGUACACUGAUCUGCCCCACAACGAGUUCUUCUUGAACACUUUCCAUCACAAAGAGGCCAUCUUAAAGAAGAUACAAAAUCUCCACUACAAAGGAGGGGGGACCAAAACCGGAAAGAGCUUGAGGUUUAUGCUGGACAACCAGUUCAGUGAAACGGCUGGAAGUCGACGCCAUGAAGGUGUUCCCCAGAUUGCAGUAGUAAUAACAGAUGGAAAAGCUCAGGAUCGUAUCAGUGAACCAGCAAAAGAGGUCAAGAGCGCCGGCAUCACACUUUAUGCCAUAGGCAUUAAAGAUGCAAUUUUGACUGAGCUUCAGGAAAUCGCUAGUGACCCAGAUGAAACGCAUGUCUACAAUGUGGGAGAUUUUGCUGGCCUGCAGGGUAUCUCUCAAAAUAUACUUCAGGUGAUAUGUUCUAACGUAGAGGAAGCCUCUCGACAAAUCAUCCAGGUUUCUCCAGAGUGCCGAAAAGCUACAAUGGCCGACAUUGUAUUUUUAGUGGACAGCUCAAAGAGCAUUGAGUAUUUUGAGAAGGUGAAAACAAUCCUCCACACACUGAUUUCCAGCUUAUAUGUUGGCCACAAUCACAUUAGAAUUGGGUUGGCCCAAUAUAGCAAUGAAACCUUUGUGGAGUUUCUGCUAAACCAGUAUUCUUCGAAAGACGACAUUCUGGAACAAAUACAGAAUUUGCGCUUCCGGAAAGGAAAAACUAACACCGGUGCUGCCUUAGAUUUUAUCAUGGAAGAAUAUUUCACUGAAUCUGCUGGAAGCAGAGCACAGAACAACGUUCCGCAAGUAGUCAUUCUGCUAACAGAUGGGAAGUCUAAUGAUAAAGUCAAGGUUCCAGCUAGCAAACUGAGGGCAAGAGGAAUCUCAAUUUAUGUGGUGGGAAUCAAAGUCCAGGAUGCUGCUGGGCUUAAGGAAAUGGCCAGCAAGCCUUUAAAUAAGUUUCUGUUUAGAAUUGACAGAUUUGAUCGCCUUCAGGAUCUUACUAGCAGUCUGCUCCAAACCGUGUGCUUUGAAGUGGAGAGUCAGAUUAAAGUGUUUACAAAGCACUACGCUGAUGUCGUUUUCCUUUUGGACUCCUCUGAAGCCAUGGGAUCCUCCAACUUUGAAAAAGCGAAAGAAUUCAUUGCCCAAAUUGUUGAGCAACUAGACGUUGGGGCUGACAAGUACCGGAUUGGCUUUGCACAGUACAGCGGAGAAAGGCGCACAGAGUUUUUGCUGAAUACUUAUGAGAGUACGGAAGAUGUCCAGAACCACAUCCAGACCAGCGCCCAGUUCAUGGGAGGCCCCCUGGAGACCGGGGGCGCCAUGCGAUUUCUACUAGAAGUCUAUUUUACUGAGGAGGCCGGGAGCCGGUUUAACCAAGGAACCCCACAGUUUGCGGUGGUUGUCACCUCAGCGAAAUCUGAGGAUGAUGUCAAGGAAGCUGCAAAAGAACUAAAAGAAACAGGCAUCCAAGUGGUAACAGUUGGCAUCUUAAAUUCCGACAGGGAGGAAAUAGAGGCGAUGGCUACUUCUCCCUUCGUUUACCAGGUCAACGAUGUACAGCGCCUCGUUCAGUACCGCAAGAACGUAGUAGAUAUUUUGGAAGCAUCGAUUCAGCAACAGCACGACGACGCCAUAGAGGCAGAUGUGCCAGCAGCUUGCUCCAGUGCAUCUGUGGCAGAUAUUGCUUUCCUCGUGGAUGAAUCCAGUAGGAUCGGUCAAGGGAAUUUUCAUCUGAUCCGGAUUUUUUUGCUCAAGGUUAUUAGCGCUCUGGAUAUUGCUCCAGAUAAUGUACAAGUUGCUUUGGUACUUUACAGUGACAAACCAAGGUUAGAGUUCAGCCUGGAUACAUUUGAAAGUAAGACAGAGGUUCUGAACUAUCUGAAAACGUUACCGUAUCGUGGUGGCCAAACAUAUACUGGUGCUGCUUUAGACUUCCUACAAAAAAAUGUUUUUACCAAAGAGGCAGGGAGCAGGAAGAAUCACGGUGUGCAGCAGUUGGCGGUGGUGAUAACGGAUGGACAGUCACGCGAUAAUUUCACCAGACCCGCAGCCAAGCUUCGGCGUAGCGGCGUUACUGUGUAUGCCGUGGGCAUCCGAAAUAUCUCGGAGAGUGGCCAGCUACAGAAAAUUGCAUCUCAUCCCCCAAGGAAACACAUCACCGACCUGGAAUCUUUUUUGCAGCUAACAAACCUAGAGUGGAAAAUCAAGAAACAGCUUUGUACUGAGAUUGUUUCACAAACAUUUGCCAUUCCAGUGCGGACCCGGACCCUGAAGGAAGGCUGCGAGGAAACUGAGGAAGCGGACAUUUAUUUCUUGAUUGAUGGGUCAGGCAGCAUCUAUCCAGACGAUUUCCAUGACAUGAAAGUCUUCAUGAAUGAAUUGAUCAGUAUGUUCCAGGUUGGUGCCGACAGAGUUCGUUUCGGGGUGGUUCAGUAUGCAAGUGCACCCCAAACAGAGUUCAUGAUUGGCCAGUACAAUACAGCACCAUGGUUAAAGAAAGCCAUCCAGGUGAUUGAGCAGCUAGGUGGUGGUACCUUAACUGGAGAUGCUUUAAGGUACAUGCGGGGCCUGUUUAAAACGGCAGCCAGGGAUAAGGUUCCCCAGUUCCUCAUCGUCAUUACAGAUGGUGAAUCCCAGGAUCCAGUGACCCAAGCAGCGGAAGACCUGCGACACGAAGGGAUUGUUACAUACGCCAUUGGUGUCAAGGGCGCCAUCAAAAAAGAGCUGGAAGAGAUCGCUGGGGGGAAAGACCGGAUGUUCUUUGUGAAUGAUUUUGAUUCCCUCAAGCUCAUCAAACAUGACAUUGUGCGGGAUAUCUGCUCUCCUGAGGCCUGUAAAAACUUGAAAGCUGACAUAAUUUUGCUAAUUGAUACUUCCGAAACAAUGACUCGAGUUCAUUUUGACCAGACAAAGGAAUUCAUUCAUUCGAUUGUGAACAGGUCUGAUAUCGGGGCUGAUAAGGUCCAGAUUGGACUAAUCCAGUUUGGCACAAAUCCAAAAGAAGAGUUCCCGCUCAACAGAUACCACAACAAGGCUGAUCUGAGGAAAGCAAUAUCUGCAAUGAUGCAGAUGAAAGAAGGAGCGAUGGCUGGGAAGGCUCUAGACUUUGUCUCCCCUUACUUUGAUGACUCCAAAGGAGGGCGUCCAGGAAUAAACCAGUACCUGAUAAUCCUCACAGAUGAAAACUCUCAUGAUGAAGUGCAAAAACCUGCCAAGGCCCUCAGAGACAAAGGUGUUGUUAUCUUUGCCAUUGGAGUUCUACAAGCAAACAGCUCCCAGCUCACAGAGAUUGCCGGUAGUCAGGAUAAAGUGUUUUCUGAGGAUGAUUUUCUUUCCCUCAUGUUUUUGGACAAGACGAUACUGUUUGAAAUUUGCAACCCUGAGGAAGUGUGCAAACGAAGCGAAGUUGCUGAUAUCAUCUUCGUAGUGCAUGGAUCAGACGACAUUACGGAGCUGCAGUUCAAGGGUAUGCAGUGGCUCAUGGAAGCUAUUGUCAAUGACUCGGUGGUGGGAAGAGACAACGUUCAGUUCGGGGCCAUCGUCUACAGCACCACUCCCAAAGAGCAAUUCCCACUGAAUAUGUAUUCCGCGAAGUCGCAAGUCAGGGAAGCCAUCUCUAAGCUCACGCCUUUGCAAGGGUUCACCUUCACAGCGAGAGCUUUGGAUUUUGCAAGGGAGCGGUUUGGCGCAACUUACAGUGGCCGAGCAUCACUUCUCGGUGUCAGGCGGAUGAUUGUGCUUAUCACUGAUGAGCGAACUACGCCGACAGACAGACCCAAUCUUCCAGCAGCAGUAGAGGCUUUGGAACAAGAAGAUAUCCAUGUCAUUGCUGUUGGGAUGGAUGACGCCAGUAGCGCAGAACUGGAAGAAAUUGCCGGUGACAAUGGAAGGUGGUUUUUUGCUCCAAGUUACAAUGCGCUGGAAAGUUUACAUAAAAACAUUACUCAUGUUAUAUGCGACGGAACAGAGAGAGUUUGUAGCACUCAAGCGGCAGACCUUGUGUUUCUGAUCGAUGGCUCUGGAAGCAUAUUGGAACGUAAUUUUGCUCUUAUGAAGACAUUCAUGAAGGAAAUUGUAGAUGGCUUCAUCGUCGCUCAGGACAAAGUCCGAAUCGGGGUGGCCCAGUUCAGCAGAGAACCCCAGAAAGAAUUUUAUCUCAAUCAAUUCUACACUGAUGUUGCCGUAAAGGGAGCGAUUGACAACAUAAUCAAGUUAAGAGCCAGCACCUUCACGGGCGAGGCUUUGAGGUUUGUCAAGAGCUUUUUUGAGCCUGCAAAUGGGAGUCGUAAGAACGAAGGGGUGCUGCAGUCUUUAAUUGUCAUCACCGAUGGGAAGUCCAAUGACACGGUGAAUGAGGCAGCUAUUGCUCUAAGGAAAGAUGGGAUUCUCAUCUUUGCAAUAGGAAUAGGGACUCUAAACAACUUUGAGCUUCUUCAAAUUGCUGGCGAUUCUAGUAGAGUGUACGUGGUAAAGAACUUUGAAGUGUUGCAAACUAUUAAAAAGAAGAUUGUCAGAGAGAUCUGUGAUGUUCAGGAUCCACCCAGCCGGGACUGCAGCAUAGAUAUUUCUGUAGGAGUUGAUAUUUCCAAGCGCACGAGGUCUCCAUCUGCAUUGCGUUUGAGGCAGAAAAUGCAAAUGUACUUGCCCUGGCUCAUGCAGCAACUGGGCCCCAUGAUCAAUAUCAGUUGCAUCGCCCAGUCUCCCGUUAACAUCAGGUUCAGGUACCAAGUGUUCGCUGAAAAUGGCCAGUCCUUGUUUGACUCUGACUUUGGAGAAUAUAAUGACGAGAUCAUUCAGAAAUUCUUGGCUGUGCAAACCACAGUGGACACUUACUUGAACAUAGGUUUCCUGCAGUCCUUUUGGGAUAGAUCCUUCAGUCAGACCUCUGCCAAAGUGAAGGUUCUCUUAGCAUUUACCGAUGGGCCAGAUGAUAGCAUAGAAAUGCUCAAAACAACAGUGGACACUCUUCGCAGGAAAGGGCUCAAUGCAUUUUUAAUGGUUGGCCUGGAAAACUUUCAGGAAUUCCAUGAACUGCAGGAAAUUGAGUUUGGUCGAGGAUUUGGAUAUCGGGAACCUUUGCUCAUUGGAAACCCACAACUCCCAGGCAUAUUAUGGAAAGCCUUUGACACUAUUUCAGAACGGGAAUGCUGCCAUGUUUGUUGCAAAUGUUUCGGGGAAGAUGGAAUUCGGGGUAUACUUGGAUCUGCUGGAGGGAAGGGAAGAACAGGCAUUCAAGGAUAUCCAGGCCACCCUGGUGAAGAAGGAGGAUUUGGAGACCGGGGUCUACGAGGCAUCAAUGGGACACGAGGAGAAGCCGGGGACGCUGGCCCAAGGGGUUUAAAGGGAGCAAGAGGAUAUCGAGGAAACAAGGGUGAAGAUGGUGAUACUGGACUCGCAGGCAUUGAUGGACAGGAGGGAGAAACAGGAUCUCCAGGAUCAGCAGGACCAAAAGGCAGCUUGGGACGGAGGGGUAGAGAAGGACCGAGAGGAGAGCCAGGUGAGCGUGGACAAGCUGGUAUAACAGGAGACAAUGGGCUUCCUGGAAUUGACAGCAAUGUCUUUGGUGCUCCGGGUACAAGAGGAAACCCAGGGCGGCAGGGGGAACCCGGGGCCGAUGGUGUACAAGGAGAACCAGGAGAAGAGGGUACAAACGGUCCUUUUGGCCACAGAGGUCUUCCUGGUUUAAAGGGUGUGCCAGGAAAUGAAGGGGAACCAGGUUAUCCAGGGGAAACUGGGCCACAAGGCCAGCAGGGUACAUCGGGCCAACAAGGAAUACCUGGACCUAUUGGACUACAAGGCUUAAAAGGUCCUCAAGGUAGUCCAGGAACUGAAGGUGAAUCUGGCUCUGUGGGGAAACUAGGACUUACAGGUCAAAAGGGUGAAUAUGGUGAUCCUGGAGGUAAAGGCAUACAGGGCUCAACUGGACCACGAGGCUCGCCUGGGCUAGAUGGUAAACAUGACUAUGGCCUACAAGGAAGGAAAGGAGCAAAGGGACAGACUGGAUGUCCUGGCACCUCUGGACCACAGGGAGAAGAUGGUGACUCAGGCAUUCCAGGAGAUAAAGGCGCCAAAGGACCGAGAGGGCAAAGGGCCAAUGGUGGAAUACCAGGGCCAGUGGGUGACCGAGGAGCGCGAGGACCAUCUGGAAGAAUGGGUCGAAAAGCACAAAGAGGCACAGCCGAUAUGACGCCUUGUGAACUUGUUAACUUUACAAGAGGAAACUGCCCUUGCUGUAUAGGUAUGAGCAGUUGUCCAGUAUACCCAACGGAAGUGGCGUUCGCCCUUGAUAUGUCUGGAGAUGUUACCCAAGCGUCAUUUGAAAGGAUGAAAGCCAUUAUGAUGUCUUUGCUGGAGGGGAUGAAGAUCAGCAGAAGCAACUGUCCCACUGGCGCUCGGGUGUCGGUUCUUUCCUACAACGCACACACAAAGUACCUCAUCCGCUUCUCCGACUUCAAGAGGGAUGCCCUCCUGAUGGAGGCCAUUCGGAGGAUUCCCCUGGAGAAGUCUUCAGGCACACGGGAUAUUGGAGGGGUCAUGAGAUUCGUUGCUAGGAAUGUCUUUAAGCGUUAUCGUCAAGGCGUCCUCAUGAGGAAAGUUGCAAUAUUUCUUGCUGCUGGCCCAUCGCAGGACGCAACGUCCAUCAAUACCGCUGUGUUGGAGUUCAGUGCUUUAGAUAUCACUCCUGUGGUCAUUGCCCUGAGUGAAGUGCCUAAUGUAAAGCAGGCCUUUUCGACAGAUGAUACUCAUCAGUUUCAAUUAUUUGUUUGGGAAUUGACGGAAGAUGAAAACUUGGAUAGCAUCUCACAUUGUGCACUCUGUUAUGAUAAGUGUAACCCAGCUCCGGAAUGUGAGGUGACUGCUCCUUUUCCCAUUUUAAUAAACAUGGACAUAACUUACAUCAUGGACAGCUCUUGGAAUGUUGGAAGCGAGGAAUUUGAGGCAAUGAAGGAAUUUGUGAGCCACAUGUUGGAUGAUUUUGUCAUUGAUUCCCUGCCGCUAGAGUCGGAUGGAGGCGCGAGGGUGGCGUUGGUGCAACAGGCCCCACAAAAUUUCACAGUCAACAGAGAUUCAAGCCCGGUGUUUGUAGAGUUUGACUUGAUGACCUACAACAAUAAAAACCUGAUGAAAAUGCACAUCGAAGAAUCCAUUCGCCAACUGGAAGGCCCAUCAGCUGUAGGCCAUGCUCUAGAGUGGACCAUUAACAAUGUGUUUUUGGAAGCCCCCAUUCCAAGAAAACACAGGGUUAUAUUUACUCUACUUGGGAGUAAGACAAGUUCCUGGGACAGGGAGAAACUUAGAAAAAUGUCACUAGAAGCCAAAUGCCAAGGAUUCACCAUGAUCACCUUAGCAAUUGGCAGAGGAGUUGAUGAUGAAGAGAUGACAGAACUCUCUAGUGAUCCAGUGGAGCAGCAUCUAUUGCAGCUGGGAAGAGUUGAUAAACCCGGAUUACCAUAUGCUCUACAAUUUAGCCGAGCCUUCUUAAAUCUUUUAAGACGGGGAAUAAAUCCUUAUCCUCCUGUAGAACUGCAGGAAGAAUGUGAAGGCCUGGAUCGAGGAGACACUUAUCAUCAACUCAUAGGGAGGACUGACAGGAUCCCUUUCCCUGAAUUGGAUCACAGUGAUACUUUGCAGACAUCAGAAUUACCCAGAAAAAGCAUGCAAGCCAAAAUUCUGGAGGCCACCCAAGAACCUGUAGAGGACCAAAAAGAAGGGUAUUAUAAACAUGUGGAGAAUGUCCGAGGUGGCAAGGAAACCCCGGUUGAAGAACGUUUUGAGCAAGUACAAAGAACAAUAGAUGUUUGCAUUGGGCAUCUUGACAGUGGCAGUUGUGAGGAUUACACCCUGAAGUGGUAUUUUGACAAAGAGCGGCACUUGUGCACCCAGUUCUGGUAUGGUGGCUGUGGUGGGAACAAAAAUAGAUUUGAAACUCAAGAAGAAUGUGAAGCUUUAUGUGUAAGGUCAUCCUAA